AAGAGUCACAGUAUCGCAACGAGCAGCAACCGCAGCGGAGCUCAACAUAAAACACGUAAUAGAGGCAAAAGCAAAAUGUCCACAAACGUUGGUCCCGAGUCCUCCAGAGUGAUCUGUCCGAACUGUCAUCUGGAGAUGAUGACACGCACGGAGGGCCAUGCCACGACCAGAACGCACAUUUUAGCCCUGAUCAUGUGCCUGACACUUUUGUGGCCCUGCGCCGCCUGUUUGUAUUGCACGGACUGUGCCCGCAACGUGGACCACUAUUGCUCCUCUUGCAACUCCUUUAUUGGCACCUACGAACGCUAAGCUCUGGAUCAAAUGAUGUAUGCUUAUAUUUUGAAUAAAGAAAUCCAGAACUUAGAACAUAUCUAAAUAAAAUGUGAGAAGUCUUAAAGCUAGUCUCGGAGCACGAGGAUGAGGACUCGA